ACGCCAAGUAGCGUCGGAGACUACAAGUCGGCACCGGCCCGGCGGCCCCCUUCGCCUGCAGCAGUCUUCCCCUCCUGGUCUGUCACCGCAGCCUCCGUCGCCAUGGGUAAGAGUCGGACGAAACGCUUCAAGCGACCUCAGUUCUCCCCUACCGGUAGCUGUCAGGCCGAAGCGGCGGCCGCGGCGAACGGGACUAGGGACGAGGAGGACGACGGGCCGGCGGCGGAGCUUCUAGAGAAGCUCCAGCAUCCGAGCGCGGAGGUCCGCGAGUGCGCCUGCGCGGGGCUGGCCCGGCUGGUGCAGCAGCGGCCGGCGUGGCCAGACUUGGCUCGCCGGGAUGCUGUGCGCCGGCUCGGGCCGCUGCUGCUGGACUCUAGUCUGGCAGUCAGGGAGACGGCGGCUGGAGCUCUGAGAAACCUCAGUGCUUGCGGAGGUUUUGAAGUUUGUGAUGACAUGGUGGCUAAGGACAUCAUGACACCCCUGGUGGCACUACUGAGAGAGUGUAGCGUUGGACUGGAUUCAAAUGAGAUGUCUCCACAGGAGAAAGCAGACAAGAGCAGAGAUUCUAUUGAGAGCAUAGCCAACGAGGCCGUGAAUGUGCUGUGGAAUGUCUGUGAAUGCAGUAGUAGAGCAGUAUCUGUAUUCAACAGAGAAGGGUGUUUGGAGAUUGUUUUAAAGUACUUACGUAGGUUCCCCACCAAUGUUGACCUGGCUGUUUCUGUAGCAUAUUGUUUACAGAUAGUGACCGAAGAUAACCCAGAGCUCCUGCAGUCUUUUGAUGGCACAGCACUGCGUGUGCUGGAGUCUGCUUUGCUUUGUCCUGUCACCUCUAUGGAAUACAUUCUGCUAAGAACACUAGUGGCAGGCACAAUGUGGAACCUAAAGGACAUUAUUCCAUCUAAGAGUCAGGCAGAAAUCAUAAAUGCCAUAUUAAACAUCUUGUCUGAAGUUCUGGAAGUGAAUGCUGCUGACACAGUCAUUCAGAUGAAGGAGGCUGAAGCCCAGCGGUUAAAGACUGCUGCAGAUACCGAAGACAUACUAGCAAAUGCUAAUGGGGAUUUGGUUGAAGAUGAUGAGAUGGAAGAAAUUCCUCACAAAAGAAAACCCAGGAGGAAAACAUUUAUUUCUGAUUUACUUCCAUCUACUGACAAGGAGCUGAGAGAGACCAUGGCGUUGCUGACAGCUCAGCAGACCGCUCUGGAAGUUAUUGUCAACAUGUGCUGCAGUGAAGAUGCCUCAGAUGAUGAAUGGGAAGAGCUUUCUAGUAGUAGCGAAAGUGAAGCUUUUAUGGAGAACUCCUUCAGUGAGUGCAGUGGGCAGCUGCUGUCCCCACUGUGCCUGUCCCAUGAGAUUCACAGCGCCCUUACCAACUGCCUCAUCCCAAAGAAGGUUUUUGAGAAAACCGCUUCACCAAGCAGUGCUGCAAUUGACGUAUGUUCUAAGAAUCCAAAUUGGAAACCUUUGAUUAGAAAAAUGAACACCAUUCAGUGUAGAGCCCUUAUGUGUCUCCAGAGCCUUGUGUCUCUCCUGGACAUAGACCAUCUUGGUGGAGCCCCAGCUCUUCAGACACUUGCACAGCACCUGUCACAACUUCUUUUUUCUCAGCCAGAUUUUGCUAAACAUGCUGAUUUUCUAGAAGCCAUAAGUAGUGCUUUGAGGGCUCUUUUGCAAACAAUGGCCUCCAAGAACAUUCCACAGUGUAUGACACCUGAGCAGCUGAUGGCGCUAUGCAGAGCAGGCAUUCAUAGUAGUAGCAUCGGGGUUAGAGUGAAUGUGGUCAGUAUUUUGGGGAUCACUGGCAGCGUCCUAGCCAAAGAAGCUGGCACACUUGAAACUCUCAAGACCAUUGGGUGCUUUCUGUUGGAAGUCGUCACCAAAGACCCUUCCCUCGUGGUAACAGGAGAGGCUCUGGAUGCCCUCUUUGAUGUUUUUGCAGAUGGUGAAGAAGCUGAAAAGGCCUCAGUUCAAAUUAAGCUAUUAUCAGCAUUGAAAGAAUUUCAGCCAGUCUUCAGAAUGAAGAUACGGAAAGAAGGAAGGGGCAAAUACAGUCCAGAACAGCUGUGUGUUCUUGACAACGUGAAGAUGAAUUUGAGACGGUUUGUUGCUUACCAAGAAGCUGUUGAGAAAAGACUGACUUCUUAAACCAUCAGGAGGACAGAGCUGGUGCUGGCUCAGUGGCUGCAUGCCUAGCUGGCAUGCACGGCCCUGGAUUCAUGCCUAGCUCUUGAGAAAAAGAGAGAGAGACUGCUUCUCCUGGUGGAUUUAAUGCUAAGAAUACUAAAGGGUUUCCUUUGAAUGUACGUGCUUCUAGAAGUACGGCUUGUUCUCUUUUGAGACAGCAUCUCACUAGGUAGCCGUGCCUAGCCCGGCACAGAGGUCUACCUGCCUCAGUCUCUCAAUUGCUGGGACUUAAGGUAUUGACACCACACCUGGCCUCCAAAAGCCAUUUUUAAUGCCUUCAUUGGAUGUUAGUUUGAAUGUAAAAACCUGGCGGAGACUUAAUGUUACAUAUUUAGCUCCUGGAAAUGCACCACAGCCUCAGGUGGUCCUGUCUUCCUUCUUGGUGCUAGGGGUGGCAUUCAGGGCCUUGCUCCUGCUAGGCAAGCACUCUACCACCAACUACACCCCUAGUCCUCAGGUGAUUCUUAACUUUGUGGUCAGACAAUUAUGUUCUUGAUAUUUGCAAGAAAAGAAAUUAAGUCAUAGUUUCAAUUAUUUUUUAAAGCCAGUAUCAUU